AUGCUUGCAGCUGUUAAUUCCGCCACCGUUUUUGUUUUGUUGCCUGUUAUUUCCAUAGAGACCGAUACAGCAGGCAUGGGCAUCGGCGGCGUCGUUGGCGUCGGUGAAGUCGUUGUCGAUGUCGAUGUUGACGUCGUGGACGUUGCCGUUGAUGUUGACGUCGUGGUCAUGGGCGUCGGCUUUUCAGGCUCGGUCACAUUAGUAGGCGGCUUUGGCGAAGGGGUCACGGGUUCGGUUACAUUGGGUGCCAUAGUGGUGGUGGUGCUGGUGGUUGCUGUCGUCCAGAUGAAAGUAACCGUUGCUAAUCUCGUCGCGUUUAGGAUCGAGUCGGAGUUGAACAGAGUGAAGGUGGAAUUGCCGCGCGGCAUGUAG